CACGGAUCCUGUGGCGUCGUAGUGAUGGUACGGAGAGCUUUAUCUUACUGAUAACAUAAAGUUAUCACGAUUGGCGUUUUGAAACGGUGCUCAAAGUUUCAUCAGCUUGUUCAAAGACCAGGCGUUGUGUAACCAGAUACAAGAAAAGGUUGGUGUUUUUGUUUUUUUUAAAUAGAGAAUGCAUUAUACAUUUAAGUCAGAUUCAUGUGCUACCAUAUUUAUAUUGACUUUUGUCGAAAUAGCAUCCCCUUCUAAUCGGAUAGAGUUGGAAAUUAACUCGGGCGUAGCGGGGUGUUUCUUCUGAAGGUAGCAAAAUUAAUAUGGUAAAGUAAACACUAAAAUUAGUAUGGUAAAGUAAACACUAAAAUUAGUAUGGUAAAGUAAACACUAAAAUUAGUAUGGUAAAGUAAACACUAAAAUUAGUAUGGUAAAGUAAACACUAAAAUUAAUAUGGUAAAGUUAACACUAAAAUUAAUAUGGUAAAGUAAACACUAAAAUUAAUAUGGUAAAGUAAACACUAAAAUUAGUAUGGUAAAGUAAACACUAAAAUUAAUAUGGUAAAGUAAACACUAAAAUUAAUAUGGUAAAGUAAACACUGAAAUUAAUAUGGUAAAGUAAACACUAAAAUUAGUAUGGUAAAGUAAACACUAAAAUUAGUAUGGUAAAGUAAACACUAAAAUUAAUAUGGUAAAGUAAACACUAAAAUUAAUAUGGUAAAGUAAACACUGAAAUUAAUAUGGUAAAGUAAACACUAAAAUUAAUAUGGUAAAGUAAACACUAAAAUUAAUAUGGUAAAGUAAACACUAAAAUUAAUAUGGUAAAGUAAACACUAAAAUUAAUAUGGUAAAGUAAACACUAAAAUUAAUAUGGUAAAGUAAACACUAAAAUUAAUAUGGUAAAGUAAACACUAAAAUUAAUAUGGUAAAGUAAACACUAAAAUUAAUAUGGUAAAGUAAACACUAAAAUUAAUAUGGUAAAGUAAACAUAUAUAUAUAUAUAUAUAUAUAUAUAUAUAUAUAUAUAUAUAUAUAUAUAUAUAUAUUAAUGUGUCACUAUCUAGGGUUUGAACUCCAAUCCAACGGUUUGGAAUAGACACAUUUUUCAACCACUCAGCCAUCCAGCCAUCGUCCAUAUCAACACAUUUGUUUGGAAAUAAACUUUUAAAAAUAAUUAUAGCGCCACCAAAUUUAAAUAAUUUUUGUGUGUGAAUAAUCACCGACUUUGAGCAUUUGAUUUCCUACAAAAUGUGAAGACGUAUGGAUUCAUACUGGGAGAUGUAGAUACGGUAUUGUAUUGUGUAAGACACGGUAGUGUGAUGUGUAAGACACGGCAGUGUGAUGUGUAAGACACGGCAGUGUGAUGUGUAAUACACGGUAGUGUGAUGUGUAAGACACGGCAGUGUGAUGUGUAAGACACGGUAGUGUGAUGUGUAAGACACGGUAGCGUGAUCUGUAAGACACGUAGUGUGAUCUGUUAGACACGGCAGUGUGAUGUGUAUGACACAGUAGUGUGAUUGUUGAGACCCGCUGGUCCUCACCUUUGUCAGACCCGCUGGCUCCACUCUCUCCAUCGCUAACCUACGCGAUCAUUGAUACCCCACGCGACAUUACACAAUUAGGCUGGGCCUUAAAAUAAUAAAAGUAGACUCAAAGAACAAUUGAAAUUAACUUAUUCACUUUGGUCAUGACCCAGUUUAAACAAUGCACACAUUCUGCUCAGCAUUAGAACGCGGAGUACUAACGCGGAGUCCCAAGCCACGCAUGUCAGUCAUUUAAACCCGACUCUUGAAUGCCACGCUUGAAUGCUGGACAAGCACGCCACAUUUAGAGUAUAUAUUGAAGACCCAAAUCAUGUAUCGGCCUCUCUUACCUGAAUUAUGUCAGAAGAGCCUGGCUGGCAUAAUUAGUUGAUAAAGUGUGUUUAUCCUGAUUGUGUUGGGUUAGUAUUGUUCACUUUCAUAUUCAUGUAUACUGGUAUGUAGAGUCGUAGUUGUAAUGUUAUUAAGAAAAUGGUAGGGCAAUAGUUACUAUUGAUAAUUAAUGUUUGAUUAGGAUAACUAUUAAUAAUUUAUAAUGUGAUGUGAUUUGUAAUUCUUAGCUUUGUCUUAUGCAUUGUAUUUAUUGUUCUCAUUUCUAGCCAGUAAAUUACAUGAAGUAAAUUACAUGAAGUAAAUUACAUGAAGUAAAUUACAUGAAGGAAAUUACAUCCAGUAAAGUACAUGCAGUAAAGUACAUGCAGGAAAGUACAUGCAGUAAGUUACAGUAAGUAACCUUUGGCCGGUAAAGAAUAUUUGACCAGAAAGUAUUAGUAGGGUAAAUAACAUUUGGUCAGAGUUGUAAUAGUUCAAUAAAUAAUAUCUAGAACUAAAGUUAGUACAGUUCAGUUAGAGGAGGCGCGUGACUAGCACGAGAGAAGUCAAAGGAAUCAAACAAGAUGGUAGCAUAUACUGUGUGUGUGUAACCCACAGUAAAGUUCAAAGUCGGCACCUACCUCCUCACAGUGCCAGUGACCUGAGACACUUACGCAGUCAAGUCGCCCAACCCCGCAGUGUGUUGUGACCCGAGCAGAGGGCUGCUGUGGUGUGUGUGUGGGACUUGCUUAUUUGACCAGAUCGCCAUUGAGAGCCUACUAUGCAGUAUCUUGUUAUCCUGUUUAUGUGUAUAUUAUAUGUAAUGUGUAUGCUGAUAAUUCUGUUUUUUAUAAUUAAAUAUUUAUUUGUGGGCUAAACCACUCUUGUGUUAUUAGUAUAGUUAAAGUAUUACUAGAAUAGCAAGUGAGAGCUAGUGUGAGUUUCAUUGAAUGAUAGAGUGAGUGUGGAGUAGGAUUAGUGUAGAACACUUCAUCAGGAAAUUAAUCGUACCCUAGACAUAGCCAGUGACAUUACUAAUCUAACGUAGAGGAAAGGGACCUUUGUUUGUUUAUACAAACAUAAAUAUUAGAACAACACAUAGUUUUAACAGUGAUGUGUAAGACACGGUAGUAUGAUCUAUAGGAGUGAAGUUUAAGACACCUUAGGGUUUACAGCGUAAGUGAUGAUAUGAUGUUAUGUCGGCGGCAAUAAAUGGUAAAUGAUAAGACUUAUAUAAGAGAAAGAAACGUAAAUAAUUGCCACAAUCCAGAUCUGGAGAUAUUUGUUGUUUUUUACCUUGUUGAUAAAUGUGUAUCGAUGAGAUAAAAGAGCAUCUAACAGAUAAGAAACGGCCCAACACCUACAUGUGAUAGCGAUACCUUUAAAUUUGACAACAGGUUCAAACACUUCAACUUUAUCUAACAUAGAUAUUUAUCAUUAAGUAGGUAAGCUUUGAAAGAUGCGUAGUGAUCCAACAGCUUUCAGGGGCGAUGUCCAUUUCUAUAGUGGCAAAGUUUACCUUCAACACAAAUAUGUAUAGUUUCUAAAUGCUAAACUGUGCUGAAGAUAUGGAAAGGAAAAUUUAUCAAGUCAAUCCUUAACUCUGUCACUGAAAGGGAUCUCAACCCUUAACUCUGUCACUGACAGGGAUAUCAACCCUUAACUCUGUCACUGACAGGGAUCUCAACCCUUAACUCUGUCACUGACAGGGAUCUCAACUAUUCUCCACCCUUAACUCUGUCACUUACAGGGAUCUCAACCCUAAACUCUGUUAAAGACAGGGAUCUCAACCCUUAACUCUGUUAAAGACAGGGAUCUCAACACUUAACUUUGUCACAGACAGGGAUCUCAACCAAUGUUCCCUUUAUGCUGUGCGGCUGCGCGGCCGCGCAGUAAUCUCACAGACGCCGCGCAGCAGUCUUGAGUACCGCACAGCUAAUUUCCACUUAAGUGUGUCUUUGUUUCUGUAGGCUGUAAAAUUUGCGCACAAAAAAUUGAUGCUGUAAAAAUGUGCACACAAAUUUAUAAUUUUUCACACGAACCAACAAACCUUAGAGGGAACAUUGAUCUCAACCCUUAACUUUGUUACUGUCAGGGAUCUCAACCCUUAACUCUCUCAAUGUUAGGGAUCCCAACCCUUAACUCUGUCACUGUCAGGGAUCUCAACCCUUAACUCUCUCAAUGUUAGGAAUCACAACCCUUAACUCUGUCACUGUCAGGGAUCUCAACCCUUAACUCUGUCACUGACAGGGACCUCAACCCUUAACUCUGCCACUGACAGGGAUCUCAAACCUUUAACUCUGUCACUGACAGGGAUCUAACAUUUUGUCACUUCGGUAAAUGAAUUAUUAUGGUUGUUUUUUUUUUUCUAAUGUAAAAAUAACGUUAAAACUUUAUGAGAAACGUUUCGAUUGAAACACAGUGUGCUGAACAUGACAUCUAGGAAUAGAUGUUGCACCAGUUUUCACACUAUCUGUGUGUUCAUAGUUGUUAUACAUCUCCUUGCUGCUGAUUGUUAACUAUUCGGAGUACAAGAGGCGCAAGCAGCGUAGGUCGCUCGACGAGCUAACACUCUCAUUUGUUGUUUUUUUUUUGUUUUUUUUUAAACUAUCAUUCUAUGUAGUGAAAACAUUUCUGUGUGCCUAAGUUAAAAUCACUGUAUCUUUAUACAAAAUUGUAUUUUUGUUUUCUUUUAAUUAAUGGCUUACCUUCAGAUAGAAUGCUCGGGAAACACUUGCUGUAAAGAUUCAAUUAGGGGAACGAGUUCGAGUCCAGUGCGAUUCAAUUCGUUGACCCUAAUGAAAACCUGCCAUGGAAGGGGACGCACCGCGUAACCAUGACAACGCUGACAGGAAGUCCACCCCUGUACAAGAUCCAUCUCAAGAACCAGCACAGAACAAACAAGACCAACAUGACGGAGACGCACACGAAGAGAUUGACCAUGAUAUGGCCAGAACUGAUUUCGGUGAGGACAGUGCAUCAUCAACGGUCGGAUACAAGGGGGUGAUGAGUGGUGGUGUAGGGGCCGAGGGGAAAGAUGGUGGAAAGCAUCAAAAAAUGGUGAUUACAAUAAGCGCAUGUAAGUGAAGAUCUUCUUAUGCUUUUAAAAAUGUAUUCUAUUAUCUCAGUUAACCAGAAAUUUUUUGAUGAGGGCUUACAUUGUAGCGGAUAUUUGAUUUCAUUGCCAUACUUCAGCAUUCACAGCUAUACAUUCAAUAUUCAGCCAUUCGAUUUCACAGCUAUGAAUUUACAAUAUGGCUAUUGAAUUUAUCAGCCAUGCAUUGAACAUACAGCUAUUUAAUUUCACAGCCAUAUUUUCACCUAACGUCAUUUAUAAAUUCAGUGCCAACGAAGAAGAAGCCAAGCAUUUUUGUGACGAGUUUACUUGUGUACUGCAGCCACUUUCUGACAGCUUGGGUGAGUACGGCAUGAGAUUGUACACAUUUAAUGUACUUACUGUACAAUGUACUCGGGUGAGCUCUACAUGAGAUUGAACACAUUUGGUGUACUUUCUGUACAUUAGGAUUGGUGAGUACGGCAUGAGAUUGUACACAUUUGAUGUACUUACUGUACGUACACUGUGAUUGGGUGAGUACAGCAAGAGACAGUUCAUAUUUGGUGUACUUACUGUACACUGGCCUUGGGUGAGUUCAACAUGAGAUUGUACACAUUUGAUGUACUUACUGUACACUGUGCUUGGGUGAGUACGGCAUGAGAUUGUACACAUUUGAUGCUCUGCGUUUGGUUUAAAAAUGGAAAAGUAUAAAGUAACAUCCGUACGCUUUAUAUCAUUUGCAUUUUCUAACACAUGUUUACCUCACCCCACCCCAAAACCGAGCAUCCUAAAAGGUAAAAGGUCCCCCAUGUCCUGUCUAACACUACCCCCCUCCCCCCCCCCCUAAAUCACCAUUUCUUUUUAACUUUUGAAAUGUGUUAACAUUUCACCCUGAUAUUUGAUUUCCCUCCAUUUUCUUCACAUCGCUUCCUUGUUGGGCGUACGCACGAUUUUCAUAAACACUUCUAUUUAGGGCAGCGUUUUUUGCCAUGGAAAUACUAUGACUCUUUAAUAUGUUUAAUAACUUUAUGAACACAUAAUAGUUUUAAUUACUUUAAAUUCCUAUGCACCUGUGCAAAGAAAUACUUUAAAAAAGAAAAUUAUUUUUGCCAUCCUUUUGUUUUAGGGUGACCGGAUGUGGACAUUUGCAGUCGGGAUUUUUAUGGUCCAUAUCACCCCUGACUCACUCCAGCUCACCGCCAUCUAUGGACUUACCAUGGGGACCACCGUCUUACUAGGGGGAGCUAUCAUUGGGGAUUGGGUCGACAACUCCACCAGACUCAGAGGUGAAUAUUUGUAAUGUAAUUGUAAUAAUCACACAAAUAGUGGGGGGGGGGGGGGGGGGGGGGGAGAGAAUAUAUUCAUUAGCCCGAAAUGGUUGUAUCAACGAUUUCAUCAAUCUAUGUAUUUAAUGAUUGUAUCUAUAAGUGUAUCUAUAAUUGUAUCUAUGAUUGUAUCUAUGAUUGUAUCAAAAAUUGUGUCUGUGAUUGUAUCAAUGAUUGUAUCAAUGAUUGUAUCACUCAUUGUAUCACUGAUUGUAUCAAUGAUUGUAACAGUGAUUGUAUAGGGUGGUUACAACUAUGUUACUAUAAUUCAUAUGUUUUUCCAUUUUUGUGUUGUUGUUUUGGAAGCUGGUUUAAUGGAAUAUUUUCGCAUCCAAGGAUGCCUGAAUUUCUUUAACUGUUACCCAAGUCUAUAAAACUACACUUUAGAUCGUACACAAUACUUCUAUUUUGACCGUGUUCCUCAUUCCAGCUGCACAACUGACCAUCGUGUUACAGAACGUGCUCAUCAUACUGUGUGCGGCCGUCAUCUACUGCUUCCUGAUGUUCAAAGAGGAACUGUUGGACAUCGGCGAGUGGACCAGGUACGUCGCCUACGGGCUGAUCAUCUUGCUGGCAUCAGCUGCCAACCUCGCCACCAUCGCCAACACGAUUGCCGUGGAGAAAGACUGGAUCGUUGAGAUCUGUGAGAGAGACGAGGAGAAGUUGGCAAGUAAGGACUGAUGAAUUAGUGGUAUAACUUUCUGAAAGACUGUUGUUGUUUUUUUGUGUUAUUUUGUCAAUUUAAAUGAUAGAUUUAUUAAAUAUAAAUAAUUGUGUUGAUUAUUUUCUAGUCCACUAUUUUAUUAUCUUUAAUUUGAGUCGAGAAAUAAGGAUGAUCAAUAAUUCCCUGCUAGCCAGAGAUUAGGUAGUUACUAAAUUUAAAACCUUCGCUGCCUCGUCAUGGAAACAACCACGGGGUAUCAGCUUGUUGCCGUGGUAGAUCGCCGGCUUGAGGCUUCCCUUGGGAAGUAGAGCUGGACAGGAGAUUACCAGUCUCCACCUUAACCAGGUCUUGACAUCAACUGUUUCCAAACCACACUCUCUUUACGAGUGAUGACCAAUUAUCUAUAGUUUUAUAUUGGAAUUCUAAUAAUCUAUUAAAUUAAACAAGAAAACUUCAAUAUAUUUUUUUUUAAAAAUUCCUAAUCGAAGAUUGAUAUCGAUUCCUAUAUCAACUCGGUCAGCCAUUAAGUUUUCUCCGGCCUCCUCUGAAUUCGGUUUUUCAAUGCUCAUAUUACCACCUCCCAUCCAUGGUUGACUCUCUUCAAAGCCAUGACUGCAACUAUGCGUGCCAUUGACUUGAGCACACAGAUCCUGGCACCGAUCGUCACUGGUCAGGUCAUGGAGUGGUCAGUGGAAAAUGGCGCCAUCUUUCUAUCGUCUUGGAACGCGGUCUCGUGCAUCGUUGAGUACUUCCUCUUGUUUAAAGUGUACUCAACAGUGCCGGCACUCAUGAAGCGGAAGGACUUCCGUAGACCUGCAAGUAAGUUCAUUUAAAUGUCAUUUUCUGUUUAAAUUUUGUUAAUUUUUAAUUAUUUUUUUUCCGCACUAGUUAAUAACAACAUCACCAAAACCAUUUUGUAGAAUUUAUUUUACUUUUAAUUUUAUUAAUUAAAAUCCAAUGAUCUAGCAUUGUAUCAUUUGGUAUCCAAACAGUUCUCAUCGGUUUUCUUUGUAGUGGUCACUAUAUGGGUGCAUUCAUCUCGAAGAAUGUGCUUUUUACCGACUCCUGAGCUGUGCACAUGUCGUGUAAAGAAAUGUGCUCCCGAAUGGUUAGAUUGGCGUGUGUCAGUACGGGCACAGUGCCAACCAUCGAUGCAAAAUUCAAGCUUUCAACAUAUUUAAAGUGUUAACUAAAUGCGCCCACCCAUUAAUAAAUUUAAACAGCUUAUUAAGAGUACGUUGGAAUGCAUAUGUUUGGUACAACCUCGAAAACCCCCCACCCCCCAAAUGUCUCUAUGAAACGGCUGUAAGCCGCCAUCCUGGCUUAAGGGAGAUGUUCUGUACCACCUCACUCCCACCAUGUCUCCAGGAGAAGGCUGUAACCCACCAAUCUCAUUAAAGGGAGACGUUCUCUCCAAAUUCUUUAUUUUGGUAGGGGUGUGACGAAAGGUCAUUGAUCAUAUUCAACAUAAAACCUAUAAGAAGUUUAGAUACUUUUUUUUUUUUUUUUUUUUGCAUUUCGCAUAGUUUUUCGGCAAAGUGAUCCACGGAGCAUCCAACUUGUCAUACACCCUAGAGACUUGCCCAACUGAGCAAUGCUUUCCUUUUUUUAAGUUAGUUUUGAUGUAUAACAUCAAAUAAAAUUAUAAUUCAGUGUACUAAAUUGUAUUUCUCUCAUGUUUUGUACUGCAUUAUUUGUUAACACAUUGAAGAGCUUCAUUUCAUAAUAGGAAUAUUUGUUUCAGAGGAUGGUGAGAAUUCUGAACAAAUCACAAGCCGGUAAGAAAAUAAUACUAAUGAAUUCUUUUUUGUCAUGCAUUUUUAUUACUAAAGAAUGUGGUAUGUGAGAGCCGUAUCCGGAAAUUUGUUCGAAAGAAAUUUUGUCGACGGUAAAUUGAUCGACGGUAAUUUGAUCGAACGGAAAUUGGGUCGAAUAAUUUUUUUCAGGUUGUACGUUAAAAUUUUGCUUCAAAUUUCUUUUUUAACGCAUUUUUUUGUUUUACUAUAUAGUAUAGCGCGUUAAAAAAGAAAUUCGACGAAAAUUUUAAAGUGUGAACUGAAAAAAAGAUUCGACCAAAUUUCCGUUCGAUCAAAUCUCCGUCGAUCAAUUUACCGUAGACGAAAUUUCUUUCGAUCAAUUUUCCGGUAAACAUGUGAGAGCAGAUUAGAAGUGGGAUUUUUUUUUUUUUUUUUUAACCUUUAUAUUAAUUUUGCUUUAUUCUUGGCUGGCUGGGUGUCGAACUGGCAAAAUGGACCCCCUUUUCCGUCAACAUAGACACGCUGCCAACGACAACUCAUUCUUCCAAAUUUUCACCAGCCAUCCCCAACCCCCCCAAAGUUCACCCUUUUUCAAUAGGGGAGAUGAAGGAAAUACGAUGGUACCGCUUUCACGAAAUAAUAAUUCCCGCUAACUGUGCUCCAUCAGAUUGGUUUGUUGUUUAAUUAUCGCAAGUGCGUUUGUCACGCAAUACUUUCUUUUAAUUUUCGGAAAUGGUGAAAAAAUUCCGCGUUGUGAAAGCGGCUGGGACGAUUAAUAUAAUGGAGGGGCGUGGCAGUUUUUUUGUUUUUUUUUUAAAUCAACAUCCGCAUUCAUCCCUUGCAGCCAAUCGAAUGGUAUCAUUGAAACCAACCUUGAUGAGACAUCUCCCUUGGUAUCUGAAGGUACGGGUCCAAGGGACGGAUCUCAUAGGAAGCGAAAGACAUGUUCAGAAAGGUAUAUAGAAUGCAUUCUUCACGACUCACUUUGACACAUUUUCCCGACAUCCAUAACCAAAAAUUAUUGUAUAACUAAAUAACACAAACAACAUUCUCUUUAUUCCUUUUAAACUGACAGAACAAACGCUAUAUGAAUAGUGUAUACGUGUAAGCACUUGAAGAACAAUCACUAUUGUAUAUUGUCUACUUGUAAACGCUUAAAGAACCAACACUAUUUUGUGUACUGUAUACUUGUGAACAGUCGGUUAAAGAACAAACACUAAACGUAUAGCGUAUGCUUGUAAACUGUAAACACUUGAAGAAAAAACAAUUACAGAACAAACCCUUAAAGAGCAAACAUUAAUAGAACAAACACUAAAAGAUCAAACACUGAUAGAACAAACACUGGGCUGUGACACACGUUCUUUUUGGGAACAGCUGUAGGCUGCUAUCAGGCUUCACCAUUAUCUUUGAAGGCUGGAAGACAUUCGCCAGCUACAAGGUGUGGCUGACAGGCCUGGCGCUUGCCUUCUUGUACAUGACUGUCCUCGGCUUUGACAACAUCACAGUAGGUACGUUCUGCUGAGGAUUUCAAUACAUACUAUUUGUUCAUUAUAGACGUAAAUUUGUGGGAAAAAAACGUUGACUCUAACUGUAGUUAGGUAUCAUGUUUCAAUAACCCAAUACGCCUUUAGCACAGUGGUUCCCAAAAUGUGUCCUAACGUCUGCUCCAGGAAAUAUAAUAAAGCUAGCCGCUUGUAAGACGUACAUUAGGUUUCGUGGCUCGCCUUAUAGAAAUUCUAUUUUUAAAAAAGGGCUCCUUGAGUCCAAAAGAUCGGGAACCACUGCUUUAUUCUAAUAGAGUUUCAAUAUUUAAAAUUGGAUUAAAAGAUUUUUUGCAAACCAGUUUAAAACUUUCAUAAGAAUUCUUUUAAAUUGUCAACAACAAAAAAAAAAACAAUUAAAUAUAUUGUUUUAAUUAUACAAAUGGUUUGUGUCUCAUAAACCUCUAAGGAAUAAAUAACGCAAUGGGCACAAUACCUUGGACAUUUUGUUAGCAUUAGUUUCGUAUUUGUACAAAUGAGACAUUCCUCCCAAUGGUCCUGGCGCCGUUGUUAAACCGCCCACAACGCCCUUUGUUUUAAUUCCAGGCUACGCUAAAAUCCAAGGCUUGAGUGAAUCCAUGGUCGGAGUUUGCAUGGGGGCUGCGGGAUUGCUGGGCAUCUUCGGCUCCUUCAUGUACCCGGUGGUGCGACGAUGCGUGGGGUUGCCCAGGACCGGGAUGAUCGCCCUGACGCUACAGAGCGCCUUCUUGGCCCUGUGCGUCGUCUCGGUCUGGCUGCCUGGCAGUCCUUUCGAUCUUGAGAACCCGGAUCCUCCUGAAAAAAACUGCACAAAUCUCAGUAAGUGGCUCACAAGAAUCCACAAGUUGCGUAAACGUCUUAACUAUAGAUUAUUAAAAAAUAAUAAACGAUUUUUACGGGACAAAUUUGAAAUAGUUUUUUUUUUAAAUUUUAGCAUGUAAUUCCAUCUGGAAUCUCUAUACCAAUGUUCUCCUCUGACAUUGACCUCGUCGUGACCACUCAAUACCAAUGUUCUCCUCUGACAUUGACCUCGGUGUGACCACUCAAUACCAAUGUUCUCCUCUGACAUUGACAUAAGCCGACCUCCUGAUCAUUUCAGCUCUUAUUGUACCCUUGGACAACGGUAGCCAACCACUGCCUAUCUACCAACUAACGACGCCAAUACUCACAAACUUCACCUGCCCAGAAACAGAGACGUCAAUAAUCUCCGUCAGCUUUCUUAUGACCGGAAUAGUAUUGUCCAGAUUUGGUAAGUCUGAAUUGUAAUACACACACAAAUUCACAAAACAAAAAAAUUGUGUUUUUUUUUUUUUUGUUUUUUUUUGGUGUUUUUUUUAGUAUAAGGGAAAUAACACAGAAAAAUGUUUAAAUUAAUUGUAAUAAUCAUUUAGCUCCCCUUUUCAUAUUUAAAAAAAAUUUAUCUUAUAACAUAACACAAAAAAAGGGAAUUAUAACAACCAGGAUUCAAACAUAAAAAAAAAAAAUUGUUUUUUUUUUUUUUUUUGUUUUUUUUUGGUGUUUUUUUUAGUAUAAGGGAAAUAACACAGAAAAAUGUUUAAAUUAAUUGUAAUAAUCAUUUAGCUCCCCUUUUCACAUUUAAAAAAAAUGUAUCUUAUAUAAUAACACAAAAAACGGGAAUUAUAACAACCAGGCUUCAAACAUUUACUACGAACCUUGUUGUUAUAAGUUUACAGCAGAACAUUACUUGACUUAGUGACCUUGUUAUGUACCUGCAUAAACACAUAAUGUUGACAUAAGUUAAACAUUCAAACCAGGAAUACUUUGUUCUUAACUUUAUUUUUGUUUUUAUGAAGUGUACGCAUACUUUAGCCUUUUGAAUCAGUGGCGUGUAUAUCUGACUCUCUCUGAAAAUUAAAAUAAAUUGUGAAAAUUAAAACUUUUUUUUUUCCCUUUUAAUUCGCCAUUCUAAAAACGGACGAGUCAUCUUGUAUAGCCUUACACCUUAUAUAGGUCCACACCCCGUACAGUCCCAAGGCCCCCCCCCCCCAACCACCCGAUGACAUCUUUCUCCAAUCUAAACGUUUGUUGUCUCAGGGUUGUGGAUGGCGGACCUGGCCAUCACCCAGAUGUUCAUGGAGACCGUGGUCGAGAACGAAAGGGGCGUGGUCAACGGUGUUCAGAACUCUCUCAACCAGCUGAUGGACAUGAUCAAGUUCGGCGUCGUCGUCGCCCUGCCCCUGGCGCCGCAGUUCGGGCUGCUCAUCAUCCUGUCCAUCGGCUUCGUCUACAGCGGCUGGGUCCUGUAUGCUGUCUUCCUGUGCCGCGUCCCGCGUGAUCUCUUCAGCCGAGGUCGGCAGAAAAAAGAAUAUGAGGUUCUGGUGGAGUGACGAUGUCUGCCGAUGACUGCCGAUGACCGCAGCAUGCUGUACUCUAUAUUAUUAACACUAGUUUUUUUAAAAAAUGUAUUUGACGAAUUUAGUGUAUCAUUCAUAAUAUAAGAUAUUUAUAAUUGAAGUAGCUAAAAGAAAAUGUGCCUCUAGUUAAUUUGUUGGGCUAAAUUAGUCUGUGGUAUAAGAAAACUGGAGGAUAAACAUCAGAUUGUUGGACGUGGUUGAUUCAAAGACGUGAUAAGUUGUUAUUCAAAGACGUGAUAAGUUGUUAUUCAAAGACGUGAUAAGUUGUUAUUCACAGACGUGAUAAGCUGUUAUUCAAAGACGUGAUAAGUUGUUAUUCAAAGACGUGAUAAGUUGUUAUUCACAGACGUGAUAAGUUGUUAUUCACAGACGUGAUAAGCUGUUAUUCAAAGACGUGAUAAGUUGUUAUUCAAAGACGAUGCAUCUUCAAAGACAUGAUAAGUUCUUGGGUAUGUCUUAUUCAAGGACGCGUGGUAAUUUUUUUUUUAAAUUACUGCUAGACAAACACAGACUUUUGUGCUAUACCCCGAUUUUCUUCUACAUCAAAACACAUACAUUUGUGUUUAAACACGCUUACUACAACAUAAACACAC